ACCACGUGACCCAUGACGUCAACCGGCAGCACAUAAGCCGCGGUUACCUUCCGCCCAGCACCAAUCGCUUGUUUACCCAUCGGCCCCGCGGAGCCUGGACGAAGAACCUGUUGAAGAAUCUCUCGGUCGCAGUCAGCCAUGUUGCCAGGAGCGUGCGUCCUGCUGAUGGCCGCCGUGUGCGGCGUGGCUCGGGCGGACUCGAACGACACGGAGCUGAGGGAUGCCGUGACGGGAACCUCCAUCGACCUGUUCAAGGCCGUGUCGGCGGGCGGCGUGGAGAACCUCGUGCUGGCGCCCAUCGGCGUGAACAUCCUGCUGGCGCUGCUGGAGCAGGGCGCCGCCGGCCAGUCCGCCCUCCAGCUGCGGUCCGCGCUGCGUCUGGAGCGGCCCCAGCUCAAGGAGGGCUAUGGCGGUCUGUCCGAGGACCUGCAGAAGAGCGGGUCGCAGGACGUGCAGCUGGAGGUGGCGAACCGCGUGUUCGUCGACAAGGACUUCCCCGUGCAGCCCGACUUCCUGGAGGUGGCCGCGAGGGACUUCGGCUCCGGGGUGGAGAACAUUACCUCGGAGGGCGGCGGCGACGCCAUCAAUGCCUGGGUGGCCAGGGCCACGCACGACAAGAUCACCAACAUCGUGGAGCCAGUUUUGCCAGUGGGAACAGUGAUGGUGUUGGCAAAUGCCAUCUACUUCAAGAGUCCCUGGCUGAAUCCAUUUAAUAAGUUUUAUACUCAUGACAACACCUUCAGAGUGAACCCUACGAAGAAUGUGACUGUACCUUUAAUGUUCCAACAGGAUUAUUUUCAAACUGGUUCGAAUGAAGACCUGAACUGCAAGUGGGUCGAACUUUACUUCAAGGGCGAAAACUACUCGCUGCUGGUGAUCUUGCCCAACGAGCAGUUCGGCCUUGCCGACUUGCUGGCCAGACUGGCGCCGUCUGACGUCACAAAGAUGCUGCAUGAGGGAGCCAAGAAAGGCGUGAGCCUGUACCUGCCACGCUUCAGUCUGGCCACCAAGACGAAGCUAGUCCCUGCCCUGAAACAGCUGGGGAUCACGGAAGUGUUCGAGGCGGGACGCUCUGACCUUAGUGGCAUCUCCAGCGAGCCCUUGUCCGUGUCCGAUGUCCUUCAGAAGGCGACCAUGGAGAUAGACGAAGAAGGAGGUGUUGCAUCAGCGGCAGCAGUUGGGCAGAUUGUGGCUCUGUCUGCGCCAGUAUUUUUGGAUCUACAGGAAAUCCGCGUGGAUCACCCAUUCAUCGCGAUAAUUGUCGACAGGAUCAGAGAGGUGCCGCUCUUCAUAAGCACAAUCGUCGAUCCAUCGACAUAAAUUAGAAGACAUUUACGAAAGAAUGGAAAGCUCCAGCAGCAUAAUACACUCAUUGUCAACCAGAAGCAGAGAACUUACAUGAACAGUUAUAAAUUUUAAUUGUUCGUUUACAUAUUAUGUUUUUCAUUUUUUUCUGGAGAAUUUUAUGUUUGUAUUUUUUAUUGUGUGGCACAAUUCAUUUGAGUUGUAAUAAACCAAGCAAGUUUAUUAUACAUAAAA